GGAUCCUGCUGCUCCUCCUCCUUCUGUUCUCACUCAGGACAGCCUCAUGCUCCCCCAGGCCAGACUCCUGAGGUGAAGGAGCACAGUGAAGUCACCAUGAAUCCCUAUGUGGCACAAACAGGAGGAGGGGUGCUACCCUACCCUCACAGAGCCACAGAGAUGCAGAGGGCCCCGGGACUUGGAGGAGACUGCAGGGCCACCUCUGGAGGGGGUGCCAGAGCAAACACGGGAGCCAAGCAGCACAGAUGUGGUGGGUGGGGAGGCUCAUUUAGCAGGACUGAGGGUCAGACCUUGUUCUCCCAGGAGGGACCUUGGUCAGGAGAUCCUUGCGUUUAUGCUGAAAAGCCUGACAGGGCAGCUCAGCCAAGAGCUGGGCAGGGGCUGGCUCGGCUGUGCUCAACUACCCUCUCAGCUGGGACUUGAGUCCCUUAGCGAAUGUUCUGUGCCCAGUUCUCUGCUGGGCCUUGGUGGACCCCAGAAUGGGAGUAGGGUGGGGUCACGGGACAGCUAGGAGCAGAUACUGCGGAUAGAAUGGGGCAAGACUGGGGGAAAUGCCUUCCCAGACACGCUGCGGCUCACACUGUGGCCUGAUCUAAGGCCCGGAUCACCUGCUCAGGAACUGACCGGCCACUGGCAUGGCACACCGGGCAAGAGAGCGCUGACUGCCCCCUGCAUUCAGCACCAUCCCAGCUCCAAUACAACCUUGCGACCUGUGUCAGCAGAGCCGCCCUGCACCACCAUGUGCAUCAUCUUCUUUAAGUUUGAUCCUCGCCCUGUUUCCAAAAACGCAUACAGGCUCAUCUUGGCGGCCAACAGGGACGAAUUCUACAGCCGACCCUCCAAGUUAGCUGACUUCUGGGGGAACAACAACGAGAUCCUCAGUGGGCUGGACAUGGAGGAAGGCAAAGAAGGAGGCACAUGGCUGGGCAUCAGCACACGUGGCAAGCUGGCAGCGCUCACCAACUACCUGCAGCCGCGGCUGGACUGGCAGGCCCGAGGGCGAGGUGAACUUGUCACCCACUUUCUGACCACUGACGUGGACAGCUUGUCCUACCUGAAGAAAGUCUCUAUGGAGGGCCAUCUGUACAAUGGCUUCAACCUCAUAGCAGCCGACCUGAGCACAGCAAAGGGAGACGUCAUUUGCUACUAUGGGAACCGAGGGGAGCCUGAUCCCAUCGUUUUGACGCCAGGCGCCUACGGGCUGAGCAACGCGCUGCUGGAGACGCCCUGGAGGAAGCUAUGCUUUGGGAAGCAGCUCUUCCUGGAGGCUGUGGAACGGAGCCAGGCGCUGCCCAAGGAUGUGCUCAUCGCCAAUCUCCUGGAUGUGCUCAACAAUGAAGAGGCGCAGCUGCCAGACCCGGCCAUCGAGGACCAGGGUGGGGAGUACGUGCAGCCCAUGCUGAGCAAGUACGCAGCUGUGUGCGUGCGCUGCCCUGGCUACGGCACCAGAACCAACACCAUCAUCCUGGUAGAUGCGGACGGCCACGUGACCUUCACUGAGCGUAGCAUGAUGGACAAGGACUUCUCCCACUGGGAGACCAGAACCUAUGAGUUCACACUGCAGAGCUAACCACACCUCUGGGCCUGGCCAGUGGGCUUCUGGGGGGCCCUGCCUUGAGGGGCACUGUGGACAGGAAACCUUCCUUGGCCAUACUGCAUUGCACUGCCUGUGGCUUGGCCAGCAUCCCCCGGAUCAGGGCCCUGUGGUUUGUGUGUUACCCAUCUGUGUCCCCAUGCCCAGUUCAGGGUCUGCCUUUAUGCCAGCGGGGAGCAGCAGAGUCUGAUACCAGGUCUAGGACCGGCCCAGGUAUACCAUGAACAUGUGGAUACACCUGAGCCCACUCUUGCACAUGUACACAGGCACUCACACGGCACACACAUACACUCCUGCACGUGCACAAGCACACACGCAAGGCAUAUACAUGGACACCGACACAGGCACAUGCACAUGUACAUGCAUAGGUGUACUACACAUGUGCACACAUGCACAGUUGCACAGACACACACACACAGGUGCACACACACGAUGCCGGACAAGGCAGAAGGGCGACUCUCACCUCUCAUGUGCUACUGGCCAGUGGGCCUUUGUUCUGGUCCAAUGACAGGAGUAGGCUUGUAUUUAAAAGCAGCCCCUCCUCUCCUGUGGCUACAGAGCACAGGCGUGCUUGGAUUCUUGACAAGCAGACCUGCUUCUGCAGAGGAGACAGCCACAUUUGGAACUGGGCACCAAGAAGACCUGAGAAAAACCCAUUCUCUUUUUUUUUUUGAGACACAGUCUUGCUCUGUCGCCCAGGCUAGAGUGCAGUGGCACGAUCUUGGCUCACUGCAACCUCCGCCUCCCAGGUUCAAGCAAUUCUCCUGCCUCAGCCUCCUGAGUAGCUGGGAUUACAGGCGCUGGGAUUACAUGCCCAGCUAAUUUUUGUGUUUUUAGUAGAGACGGGGUUUCACCGUGUUGGUCAGGCUGGUCUUGAACUCCUGACAUGGUGAUCCACCCGCCUCGGCCUCCCAAAGUGCUGGGAUUACAGGCAUAAGCCACCACGCCCGGCCGAAAAACCCACUCUCAUAACAGAAGUGCAGACUCAUUGCCAGAUUCAGUGCCCUUGAGUGUGCCAGAGGUCCUCUGUGUUUGAGACAAUCCUGUGUGUGCCAGGAGGCUCCGUGUGCACCAGGGGCUCUCAGACUCCCGCUUACCCAGCUGGAGACCACGCCUCUGGCAGCCCCAUCUCAGCCAGCCCUGCUCUAUCCCUGCUCCCUCCAGGUGAGGCAAACUUCAUAGGAAUCUGUACCUGAAUGUGAGCUGCUGAUAAUGAAACUCUGAGGCUUUGGUGAGCGCA